AUGGUAUCUUUUAAUUGGACAAGUUCUUUAUCAAUUGAUUCAGUAUCAUCAUCAGAUAUGGAAGGACUUGAACAAGGAGAUUGUGUUAAACCUUAUCUUACAUUCCUUCUAAGAACACAAUCAAUACUUCUAUUAAUAUUUGGUUUUGCAGCAAAUUUAUGUUCAUUUGUUGUACUUACUCGUCCACGUUUACGGCGUCGACCGACAUUUUCAUAUCUUGCUUUUCUUAGUCUAUCAAAUGCAUUAUUAUCACUUAUUCAUGCUACUUUUAAUCUUCUUGCAGGAUAUUUUGAUAUAGCAGUUGAACAUUUACCAUUAUUUAUUUUUUGUCGAUUUUUAAAUCGAUUUGCCAUUGAUUUUUUAACACAUUUCUCAUUAUAUACAUUAACAGCUGUUGAUCUUGAUCGAAUACGUACAGUUACAUCAAAAACAGCAAAUGAUCAGCGUUAUAGUCGAACAAAUAGUGGAAGACAACAUGGUUGUGCAAGUGCAUUUAUUCGUGUAUGUCUUGUUGAAUCAUUCCUUGCAGUUAUUAGUUUUCUAUUUAAUGCACACUGGCUUGUAUUAUAUGGAUAUGUAGAGAAAGAUCCUACUAGUUUAGAUGAUAUAACAGUGUGUGCACCUUUUUUAAAUAAUACAAGUAAUUUUAAUAUUUAUACAGACGCUUAUAAUAAAUAUGUAUUAUCAAUAUUACCAAUAGCAGAAAUCGUUUUAUUCAAUAUUUUACCAUUUGUAAUAAGUGUUCUUGCAACAAUAAUUAUAUUACGACAUAUAUCAAUAAAAUAUACACUUUUAAGUCAUAUAAAUAAACGUUUAAAAAAAUCUCGUCGUCGAAUGGAAUUACAUUUAUCAAUAUUACUGAUAUCAUUAAAUUGUGUAUUUAUAUUAUUAACAACUCCACAUAAUAUAUAUCAAGUUUAUAUGUUAAAAAUACGAGGUAUUUUGGGUAGUAAAAAUGAAAGUAAUGAUGAUAAAUGUCCAGUAUUGAUUAUACAAAAAUGUUUAGAUUUAUUACAACAAUGUUAUUUCAUGUCAACUUUUUUUCUUUAUAUAUUAACAAAUAAGCGAUUUCGCGAAGAAUUUUAUGAAUUAUUAAGAAGAAAUCUAUUCUUAUCAUGUGACAGUCAUGAAACAAAUAAUUCAUCAACACAAAUAUCAUCACGUCACCGUCGUCAUCAUCAUCGUCAUCAUCAUCAUCGUAAUGACAAGAAUGAAGAUAAUAAACCAAAUUAUUUAGCACCGCAAUCAAACGCAAUAAUACCAACUCGAUUUUCUAUGACAGAUUAUAUAUCACAAGAUGAUUGUUAUGAUGAUGAACAAUUAUCAACAUCAAAAGGUUUAGAUACAACAGUGAUGCGUCUUAGUGUGAAUCCAUCAUCUUUAUAUUGA